AUGUUGGAGGCUCUCUCUAUCUUUCUCUCUCUCUCUCUGAAGUCACUCUGGCUUUCCUUGUGCACAAGUGUAACCGACGAAGCACCCGGUAAAGCGAGACGGCCAAGCCCCGACUGGACCCCGCCCACAGCCCGCAGCAGCGUAGGGGGUCAACGAAAAAGCAGAUCCAGCGGUCUUCGCAUACCCGCGAUUUUGAGCGUUUUACUAUGUUUGCGGCAACCGUUCGAAGACUCACGCGUUCUUCGUGUUGCCUUGACUUGUCUCGACAGUGCGACCAAGGGUGCCAAUCGACGCACGGUCUCGCUGGCCAGUCGCACCUUCUCCUCCGACGGUGGCAAGAAAGAAUUGCCGUUCGGUUUGAGCAAGAUUUUUGGCGUCGCUGAGACGGAUAAUCUGAUUGCCACCGAUCGCGACCGCAAAAUUCACAAAGGAAACAUCCCCGACUUUAUUCCGGACGAUAUCAAGAAGGAUCUCGACAAACUUGGUAUCGAUAACAUUGAAGAGCUCGACGAACUGGAAGCUGCGAACACAGAGGGAUACAAUGAUUUGGGUCUGGUUCCUCCGGAAGGCACCGGGACUUUUGCCUCUCCUAUCUUGGUCCCUUCCCGACGUGCUACCCGGCAGGUUGGUUUUGUCGACCCGGAAUCCCACGAAGUUUUUUGGUUUACCAUCCACAACGACGACAAUUCGUAUUACAUCAAGGAUCUGGGUCUCUUUUUUAAGAUGCUUCACAUUCCCGACGAAGAAGCGUUUGCUGGAGCCCACUAAAUUGGUAGUAGUGUAGUUAUUGAGAGUAACAAAACAACGACUUACUGUA